AUGUCCCUGUCAGAUGAGCAUCAGGGACCGAGGCAACCCAACCAGGAAGCUGAUUCUGCAAACGAAAGCAACGGAGCACAGCAAACUCCGAUUGUCUCUCCAUCCACGGAAGAACCACCUUCGAAAACCCAAAGUGCCUCGGAUCCAAGUCCGAAAAAUCGUACAGAUGGGCCAACCAAGAACAGUACUAUCACGAGUCAGGAGCUUUCCAGUCCAGUCCAGGCAAUAGAGGCUCUGUCAGUUAGGGCCAGCUCAACACCCAAGACACCCAAUCACAAACCAUCCCGUGACGAGAUUGCCGUGGAUGCAAUUGUACCUGCUACCAGCCCUAGACCAGUGAGGGAGAACUCCAUCAUCAGAGAUGAGGACUUGCAGAAUGAACUAACGCCAUUGCUCGGGAGCGAUUGUUCAGAGUCGUAUGUUGCAUUAGAAGAGGGCUUACAUCGCCAGCUACGGGCAUCCAACACUCGCAGAGGUUUCUCUGAUUGGUUCUCACAAACCUUCUGCUCCACUCCAUGGCUAUCUUGGCUUAUCUUACUCAUCAUUGCGACUCUAUUACUCAUAGUGCUACUAGUAGCACGCAACCUACCGAUGCUCUUGGACCAGGCUUUCAUUUCUGAGCUUCACAGCGUCUCUGUGUUGGAUAUCAGUGACUCUGGCUUGACUGUGCAUGUGGUGGGCUCCACGUUUGUGGAUUACGAGAGCAUACAAAACCGAUUUUAUGGCCUGGCGCUCGAAGUUUUUGCAUUGCUUAUUGGCGGAGUAACAGUUGUACCCACUGACGCAUCCAGAGUAUUUGUCAGUGGAGAAGGCAUCAACAGAGUCCAUGUGCUUGAUGCCUACGCUCCUGAAGUUCUGGUUGAUCUCAUUGAUCACCGUCUUACGGAGUAUGAUUUCAUUACAGAGGCAUAUUUUGUCGAUGAUUCAUUGACAGGCCUUUUAGAGGAUCUUUUAAAACACAAUCGCUCGGAGCCACUCCCCCUCUCGAUCGAGGUAGACUUCACUACAAACAUAAAAACUAAAGGAAUUAAAUUCAAUGCGGGGCCAGUCAACAUUCGUGAAGACGCUGUCAUUAGUCCUGAGAGGAUGGUCUCACCUUUGAGUGUGGAAUCCUUGAAUCUUGAUUUGGAGAGAGAAGGCAUAGCACUCAAUGCGACACUUCUACUUGACAUCUUACCGAUCAAGCUAGACUUCGAGUCUGUCCAGUGGGAUGUUGCAAUUGCUGACUGUGAUGGGAAACCUUCAUUCUUGGGCUUAUGGAAGUCGGACCCUUUCACAGUGAAGCCGAAUUUGCUUACGGAGAUCGACGUUAAGGGAAACAUAGAACAUAUACCUGACAAUCUUCUCAAAGAUUGUUGGAUAUCUUUGUACUGGCUACGAAGACUUCGCAACUUGCCCAAAUGGCUCUAUAAUAUUCUCACGCUGGUCGAUGUGAAUAUUGAAAUUCCAGUCAGCACACAGAGUGGCUUUCCUAUAGGCGAUUAUCUAUCUCGCCUUGACAUCACUUCGAUGGACUUGAGUAUAUUCCUGCCCCAACCUGGGAAGCUCAAUGUCAACACAAGCUGUGAUUUCGAAGCUGCAGUUUCUUUACCAAUUUCUCAAAGAGGCUUUGAAGCAUCUCUUUCGAAGUGGACUUCAUCCGUGGAAAUAUUAGAUGGAAACGCCACAGUCGGAAGUGCGUCUACUGUCCUGAGCAGCGGCCUAGCUAUCGCAGGGGAUAGCAGCAACGCUACAUCUAUACUCGGCAAUCUCGCAAACUGGGAGUUUGUUUUUCAUGAUUUUGAUUUCAUAGGCGACUUCGUCAACAAAUGGUUGAACGAGCACAAGCCUGCUUUUCCAACUAUCGAUGCUGAUAUCAAGCAGGUCAAACUUGAUCUGCCACUUCUCAACACUACACUUGGGGUAUUACCACAUGCGGAAGAUUUGCAAAAGUCUGAUGAGAAGUUCAUUGACUGGCUUUUGAAGAAAAUGAAUAUCAGCAUGCUGGCGGUAGCUUUGUUGAGCUCUGGGAAUGAUUGGGUGACAUUUGCAAUAGAGGCUGAAGUUUUCAACCCAAUUCCAUUGAGUUUAGAUCUCAACAAGCAAGACAUAGUUUUUGCUAUACUAUUCGAGGAUGCUCAAAUUGGCAAUGUUACUUUUCAUGACCUAAGCUUCCUCCAAACCCGCGAGCGCAUCACUAUUCCAGCUCUUUUGCAAGUGGAUUGUGCUACAUUUGCUGAAAGGAACUCAGCAGAAAAAUUUGUCAGUCUUGUGCUUUCCGGUGCAUCGAAUAUUACUAUCGGUGUCAAGGGUUUGCAAACUGCAGCAAGCACCGAGUUGGAUCAGGUGGUGAAACAUCUACAUGUACCAGAUAUUAUAUUGCCCCACUUGAAGUUUCCGCAUCCUGACGAGGACGAGACAUCCGCUAAACAAGAGCUUGCGAACGGAAGCCCGUUCCUCAUUGAAGCUACGAUCCAUAUCCUUACAUCUGAAGUUCGGCUUCUCGUGUUCAACCCUGUCAAUAACCAAGCAAUCCUAGUUGACCUUUUGCUGUGUCAGGCAAUUUACGAGGAUCAUGUACUAGCUUAUGCGGAUAACGUCGGUGAUAUGGUGAUUCCGCCUGGUAUUUUCCGUACCAAGCGAAUUCCGUACAAAGUUGGAUCUGGAGUUGGAGGCGAUAUCUUGAGAAGAGCAUUGAACGGAGAGUUGGAAGUGGUGGUGAAGUCAGACAUGAUGGUUCAAGUGGGCGAAUUCAGCGGCCAGAUCUUGUUGCAAAUUCAGGGAAUGUACGGCUUGAAAUUUACCGCUAUUGCUGCUUUGGCCGCCUCCGUCUCUCAGGUGAUGGCUACUCCUCCAGCCUGUUUGUUGGCUUGCGUUGCAGAGGUUGAGAAGAACUCCAAGUGCAACAGCUUGGCUGACUUGGAGUGCAUCUGUACCUCCAUUGGAGAGAAGGUUGAACAAUGUUUGGAUGACAGAUGCCCUAGCGGCGAUGCCGAGACUGCCAAGGAUGCUUUCGAGGCUACUUGUAAGGAGCAAGGCCACGAUGUUUCUGGAAACUCGGCCUCUUCUUCUUCCGUUUUCGAGUCCUCCUCCUCCGAGUCUUCUUCCGCAUCGUCCUCCGCUUCUUCUUCCGCCGCUUCGUCUGCUGCUUCCUCGUCGGCUUCUUCCGCUGCUGCUUCUGGCUCCUCUUCAGUUGCUGCUUCUUCUUUCGUGAGCUCCGAGGCUCCAGCCAGCGCCGAGACCACCGCUGCUCCAUCCACAUUGGCCACCUCCACCCAGUCUGAGGCUGAGGAGGCCUCCUCUUCCGAGGCUCCAACCUCCAUUGCCGGCGUCUCCUCUUCCGAGGCUCCAACCUCCGUUGCCGGCGUCUCCUCUUUCGAGGCUGGUGCUCCAGUCAAGGCUGCUUCCUUCGCUGCUGCCAUUGCCGGUGUUGUUGGUGCUUUGUUGUAA